AUGAGUCAAGCUGAAAUCCGAGCUCAGAAGAAACGCGAGCAAAAUGAGCGCCGGCUUUCAGUUCAACGCAACAACCCAUAUUUCUCUAUUCGGUCCCAGAGUGACAGCGAAAGCGCAAAGCCCAAUCCAUCGACCACCCUCAAACCCCCUCCAGAUUCAGGUCAGCGGACUUGUCCUCCAGACUUACCAUUGACGACUCCGAUGUCUUGGAGUGAAGAGUGCGCUUCACCUGUGCCGUAUCACAUUUCACGCCCAACGCUUACAUCAAAUUCGGUAAGCGAUAACAUAUCCCCAAAUAUAGCGGCAACAACAACUAGUACAGUGACAUGUUUUACUAACUCUAUCGCGCCAACAACAACAACAAGCACACCGGUACCUGCCGACUGCACAGCGGUGUCAACAGCCCGGCCUAUUCUUGCUGCACAAGCACAAAUUAACUUGAGUGCAAGCACUGGCAACAAAGGUAAAGCGCAAGAAAAGUUGAAAACCAAAACAACUAAAAUUGCGGCCAUACAGACUGGAAUGGACCGCUAUGUUACAAUAAAAAGAAAACUUAGUCCGCAAAAUUCAACGGGCAGUAAGACAAAAAUAAACCGCCUUACCUCAACUCGGCAAGUCAGUACGAAUAGAUUUGCACUGNCCAACUCAGUAAGUCAGUACGAAUAG